AUGUCAUCGAUCUGGAUGGAUGUUCCAACUUUACAAGUCAAUGAAAAUCAACUACAGAACUUUGUUAGUUUUAUUUAUAAAAAUGAACAGAUUUUGAAAGAAUUUGGUGCAAUGAAAAUUCAAUUGAACGACAGUUGUAAAUCAAGUUUAAAGAAACGACGAAAUAAUUUGAUAUUAGUUCCAAGGAAUGAACAAAUUGUCAAAAUAAACAACGAUGAAAAUAUCUAUUCCCUGCAUGAAGUUGAUCAUAUUGACGAAUCUAUUCAACAAAGUUCAUUGGUGAUAGAUGAACAUGAUUUCUGGUCGUCAUUAUCUUCUUCUAACAACAAGCAACGGUUGACAAAUACUUCAACAUUACCUAACAAGAGUUUCUUUCAAAAAAAAAUACAUCCUUCACAUUUUAAUAUUCACCGUUUGCCUGAACAAUCACUGCUCCAGCUUGGUGGUAACAAAGUGACGCAACAAUUUGUUCCAUGUAUAAAAAGAGCUCAUGGACCUGGUGCUAUUUCUCAGAUGACUACUGCCAAACAGCAUCUCUUCUCAAUUGAUUAUCAUCAUGAAGGUGGUGCUCGUCAUUGGUAUAUUAUUCCUCACUACCAAAGGAAAUCUUUACAAAAAAUAAUUGAUAGAUAUAACUCAUCAUUUUGUCUUGAUCAUGGGCAAAUUUUAAUUGAUCCUUCCGUGUUAGAUAAUAACCGUAUUCGUUACCAUCGAAUUAUCCAACGUUCAAACGAACUUGUAGUUAUAUCAGCUGGAACUCUAACACAAAGUUUCACAGAGAAUGCAAAUUGGAGUGAAUCUAUUGAAUUUGCUUUACCCAGUUGGAUUGAAGAUGGUCAUGCCAAUGCAUCUAUUCCAUCGUGUCGAUGCAAUGCAUUUCAAGAUUCUUCGCGAGACGCAAUUGAUGUUACCUUAUUUCGACAUGAACUUAUACAAAAAUACAUUACUUUCAAUCUCAGUAAUAUUACUGAUGAUAAAUCAAUAAGUUUAAAAGGUUUAUAG